UCUGAGCAUACAUAGCCUUAUUAAACUCUGAUGCUGUUUCCUGACCAGCGCGCACAAGAAUCUAGGAACCUGGCCUGGACCCCAUCGCCCACGCAGCUCAAUGGCCACCUUGAAGAAGAAACUCCAAGGCCUUGUGGCUGCGACCCUCACGCCAAUGACUGAGAAUGGAGAAAUCAACUUUUCAGUAAUUGGUCAGUAUGUGGAUUAUCUUGUGAAAGAACAAGGAGUAAAGAAUGUUUUUGUGAAUGGCACCACAGGAGAAGGCCUGUCCCUGAGCAUCUCUGAACGUCGCCAGGUUGCAGAGGAAUGGGUGACACAAGGGAGGAACAAGUUGGACCAGGUGGUGAUUCAUGUAGGAGCGCUGAGCCUGAAGGAGUCCCAAGAGCUGGCCCGACAUGCAGCCGAAAUAGGAGCUGAUGGCAUUGCUGUCAUUGCGCCUUUCUUUUUCAAGCCCUGGAACAAAGAUGUCCUGGUUAAUUUUCUAAGGGAAGUGGCGGCAGCUGCCCCUUCAUUGCCAUUUUAUUACUAUCAUAUCCCUGCCUUGACAGGGGUAAAGAUUCGUGCUGAAGAGGUGUUGGAUGGCAUUCAGGAUAAGAUCCCUUCCUUCCAGGGUCUGAAGUUCAGUGACACUGACCUCCUAGACUUCGGGCAGUGUGUGGAUCAGAACCACCAGCAACAGUUUGCUUUGCUCUUUGGGGUGGAUGAGCAACUGCUGAGCGGCCUGGUGAUGGGCGCCACCGGAGCUGUGGGCAGUACUUAUAACUAUCUGGGGAAAAAAACAAACCAGAUAUUGGAGGCAUUUGAACGGAAGGAUUUCUCUUCAGCUCUGAACUAUCAGUUUUGUAUCCAGAGAUUUAUCAACUUUGUGGUAAAACUAGGUUUCGGAGUGGCACAGACCAAAGCCAUCAUGACACUGGUGUCUGGGAUUCCAAUGGGCCCACCCCGGCUUCCCCUGCAGAAAGCCACCAGGGAGUUUACCGACCAUGCUGCAGCUAAGCUGAAGAGCCUGGAUUUCCUCUCCACUGCUGAUUUAAAGGGUAGAAACUUGGGAGCCUGUAUCUAGGGCCUCUCUAUAAACCAGGCUGCGUAUACUGAAAACUAAUCUACCUUGAAGCACACUCUUUCCUCAGGGACUUUUUAGGUGAACUUGAACUAAACUUUCUCUUAGCAAAUGAAAUUUCAUAGCAGUCAACAAGUAUUUAAGUAUCUAACUGGAGGCCUAAAAUUCUUAUUUUGUGAAUGGGCAAAAAAUCUAAAAGGAGCCAUGGGCCCUAAGUUAGCAUUUUAGAGAUUUUUUUACAGAUAAACUUCUCUUUAUAUGAAUAAAAUGGAAUCAAAGGGGAAAUUAAAUUAAUUCCAUCUGCCUUUGGAAACUCAUUAUCUUGAUUUCUGGUUAUUAAUCUUAUUUUAAGGUUUUCUAACAUGAAACCACUAUGAUGUACUGUCAUAAUAAAUACUCAUUUGAAAUCCA